GACAGUCAAACUACAAUCAAUAAUUCAAUACUCUCUCCUCUUUGCUUUCCUGUUUCCUACAUUACCCCUUUCCUGUUUCCUACAUUACCCGAUUCCAUACCCAUUUCCGCAAAGAGGGAUCGCGGAAGAGAGGCUGCAAGGUGACAUACAGACACCCAUUUUCGUUCAAAGAGUGGUAAAUCGGGAGAAAGAUGAGAGAGGUGAUAAGUAUUCAUAUUGGACAAGCUGGGAUUCAGGUGGGUAAUGCCUGUUGGGAGCUCUACUGCCUUGAACAUGAAAUUCAGCCUGAUGGGAUGAUGCCCAGUGAUACCUCUGUAGGUGUUGCACAUGAUGCCUUCAAUACCUUCUUCAGUGAGACUAGUUCUGGCAAGCAUGUGCCUAGAGCUAUUUUUGUCGAUCUGGAGCCCACUGUCAUUGACGAAGUCAGAACUGGAACUUACAGACAACUUUUUCAUCCUGAGCAACUUAUUUCUGGCAAGGAAGAUGCUGCUAAUAACUUUGCAAGAGGGCAUUAUACAGUUGGAAAGGAGAUUGUUGAUCUUUGCCUUGACCGAGUAAGAAAAUUGGCUGACAACUGUACUGGUUUGCAAGGAUUUUUGGUAUUUAAUGCUGUUGGUGGUGGAACUGGUUCUGGUUUGGGCUCAUUGCUUUUGGAACGUUUGUCAGUUGAUUAUGGAAAGAAAUCAAAACUUGGUUUCACCAUCUAUCCUUCCCCUCAGGUUUCAACAGCAGUUGUGGAACCUUACAAUAGUGUCCUCUCAACUCAUUCUCUCCUUGAACACACAGAUGUGGCUGUGCUUCUGGACAAUGAAGCUAUAUAUGAUAUCUGCAGAAGAUCCUUAGAUAUUGAGAGGCCAACUUAUACAAACUUGAACCGUUUGAUAUCCCAGAUCAUCUCAUCUUUGACCACAUCCUUGAGGUUUGAUGGUGCAAUAAAUGUAGACAUUACAGAGUUCCAGACUAACCUUGUUCCAUAUCCUCGUAUCCACUUCAUGCUCUCAUCCUAUGCCCCAGUAAUCUCAGCUGUCAAGGCUUACCACGAGCAGUUAUCAGUUCCUGAGAUCACAAGUGCCGUCUUUGAACCUGCAAGUAUGAUGGCUAAAUGUGAUCCAAGGCAUGGGAAAUACAUGGCAUGCUGUUUAAUGUAUCGUGGUGAUGUUGUACCCAAGGAUGUCAAUGCUGCUGUUGCAACAAUCAAGACAAAGAGGACCAUUCAAUUUGUUGACUGGUGCCCAACUGGUUUCAAGUGUGGCAUCAACUAUCAGCCACCAACAGUGGUACCUGGGGGUGAUCUUGCUAGGGUGCAGCGUGCAGUUUGCAUGAUUAGUAACAACACAGCUGUGGCUGAGGUUUUCUCCCGAAUUGACCACAAAUUUGAUCUUAUGUAUGCGAAACGAGCAUUUGUUCACUGGUAUGUUGGUGAAGGCAUGGAAGAAGGUGAGUUCUCAGAAGCCCGUGAAGAUCUUGCUGCUCUGGAGAAAGACUAUGAGGAAGUUGGAGCUGAAGGCGUUGAUGAGGAAGAGGAAGGAGAAGAUUACUGAAAGCAUGUAUGUGACAGCAUGAGCUGUUAAUGUCUCCCUUUCCAAUUUACAUUUCACUUGAUUGGCUGUGCAGUGUUGUAAUUUCUCUUGAUUGGCUUUGCAUUGUUGUAAUUUCACUUGAUUGGCUGUGCUUAUGUCUUGGCUCUGAACUUGAGUGUUUUGAAACGCAGUUGUGAGGAUUGGUAGUUUCCAUCGCCUGAGAUGAGGCCUUUGAAUGUCUAAAAUAAUGGUGCCUUCUGCAAUGAAUUAGUGAAUUUACU